GACACAAGACCGGAAGUGAAAGUAAAAGUCAAGUAUUUCCUAGUUCAAAAAGAACAGCUCGGAGGUGGAGUCUGUGUCCAAGACAUGAAUUCUUUACAGUUUAACGCCGUUUUACUAGAAAUUUCUAACCAGCUGUCCACUGAGCAGCUGGAAAACAUGAAGUUUCUGUGUCGACACGUGAUCGGGAAAAAGGACACAGAGAAGAUCCGAGCCGGAGUGACCCUGUUCCAGUUUUUGACAGAGAGAGGCAGACUGGGAGAAGAUAACACGGAGUAUUUGUCCGAGCUGCUCAAAAAAAUUCAACGACUCGAUCUCUCAGAAAAGCUAAACAGUUUUGAAAGCCAGCCUGGAUACACCGACAAUCAGGCGGACGAGACGGAGAAAGCCAAACUGGACAUUGCCACAGAGGUGAUUGCCGAAAAUCUCGGAAGGGCUUGGCGUAAACUGGGCCGCAAACUUGGUUUGACUGAUGUCAAGCUGGAAUCCAUCUACAGGAGGCAUCCCACAGAACUGGAGGAGACAGUGGUGGAGUUGCUGAAGGAGUGGAGGAAGAGUCGAGGAGCCGAGGCCCAAACAAAGGAGCUGUUAGAAGCCCUGAGAGCCUGUCAGUACAACUUGACUGCUGAUAAGGUGGAGGACAAACUGGCAGCCCUUGGAUAUUGAUGAAGGUUUACAGAUCAGAUGAGACUGAGAUAAACUCUGGGAAUGCAAAUGGAAAAUGAUAGCUGUGAUUUAAAGAAACAAACUAUAGAAAAAGUUAUAUGUAGAUAUAUGAAAUGAUGCAAAAGAAAUCAUCUUUGUUUAGGGGAAUAAAUUGACUUCAUGAAUGUCAUAACACAUGCACCAGAGAAAGUGAAAGUGUGUUUAAAGAAAGUAAUCAGAGCUUGUUUCAGGAUGAUGAAUUGCUCUUCAGUGUCGGCUAAUAUUAGUCAUGUUUCAUGUUUUUAUCUGAAGAUGAGAACAAAAAAAUGAACUCAUUCAUUAUCAAAUAAUGUUCAUGAAACUGAAAUCGAGAGGUUUCUGUGUUAGUAUUUAUAAUGUGUCACACAACGGUCAUCCAGGAAGGUCUGCAGGUGAUGGACACAUAUACAGAAAUGUCAGCAAUAUCAAAAGCUACUUAUCAACACAUCUGUCUUUUACAGAGUAUUUGUUUCCCAUUGUAUUAAAAUGCAAACUGUAUCUAGAUGUGGCAUUUUCAUUCACACUUUCUGAUUUAUAUCAACAGUGCCAUUAUUAGAAGGACCAUGGUGUUUUUAAGUUUUCUGCUAAUGUAGAAGAAGGUAGAGGUCAAACUAAGUAACCAAACUGUUAGACUUAGGACUUUUCAAGGGGAUAAAGCUGAGAGACAGUCCUGUUUCAUACUGACUCCAGUAUAAAAAGGCUGUACU